AUGGAGGUCCUGCCCGCCGGCGGGGGCCGGACGGGGCUCCCGCAGCCUGAGGUGAGGCCGGAGGACGCGGGCCCCAGAGCGCCCCUGGUUGUAAACCUGCGAGGGGCGCCCCCGGCGGAGCGAGCGCGGGGCUCCCGGGACUCCUGGGAAGGCGAGGAGGACCCGGAGCCCGGCGAGCCUCGGGGCAGCUGCACGGCGUCCCUGGUGAGCGGGUUGCUCACCGAGCUGUACAGCUGCACGGAGGAGGAGGAGGCGGCCGGCGGGGGCCGCGGGCCCGGGGGCCGCCAGCAGAGCCGAGACAGCCUCGACAGCUCCACGGAGGCCUCGGGCUCCGACGUGUUCCUGGGCGGCCGCGGCGGCGCCGGCGACUCCCGUGUGCUACAGGAGCUGCAGGAGCGGCCGAGCCAGCGGCACCAGAUGCAGUACCUGUGGCAGAAAGACACAAAUGAACUGAAGAUGAUCCUUCGAGAGCUAAAGUACAGGAUUGGCAUUCUAUCAGCGAAAUUACUUCGGCAGCUGAAGCAGAAAGAUAGGCUUGUGCACAAAGUACAGAGGAACUGCGAUGUUGUGACGGCGUGCCUGCAGGCUGUGUCUCAGAAGAGAAGAGUUGACACAAAGUUGAAGUUCACUCUUGAGCCAUCUUUAGGUCAAAAUGGUUUUCAGCAGUGGUAUGAUGCGCUCAAAGCAGUUGCCAGACUAUCAACAGGAAUACCAAAGGAAUGGAGGAGAAAGGUUUGGUUGACCUUGGCAGAUCAGUAUUUGCACAGUAUAGCCAUUGAUUGGGACAAAACCAUGCGCUUCACUUUCAAUGAAAGGAGUAAUCCUGAUGAUGACUCGAUGGGAAUUCAGAUAGUCAAGGAUCUUCACCGCACAGGCUGCAGUUCUUACUGUGGCCAGGAGGCUGAGCAGGACAGGGUUGUGUUGAAGCGGGUUCUGCUGGCCUAUGCCCGAUGGAACAAGAAUGUCGGGUAUUGCCAAGGCUUUAACAUCCUGGCUGCGCUAAUUCUGGAAGUGGUGGAAGGCAACGAAGGCGAUGCUCUGAAAAUUAUGAUUUACCUUAUUGACAAGGUACUUCCUGAAAGCUAUUUUGUCAACAAUCUCCGGGCACUGUCUGUGGAUAUGGCCGUCUUCCGAGACCUCUUGAGACUGAAGCUCCCUGAAUUAUCUCAGCACCUGGAUACUCUUCAGAAAACUGCAAACAAGGAAAGUGGAGGUGGAUAUGAGCCCCCACUUACAAAUGUCUUCACGAUGCAGUGGUUUCUGACUCUCUUCGCUACGUGCCUCCCUAACCAUACGGUUUUAAAGAUUUGGGAUUCAGUCUUCUUUGAAGGUUCGGAAAUCAUCCUAAGGGUGUCGCUGGCUAUCUGGGCAAAACUGGGAGAGCAGAUAGAAUGUUGUGAAACAGCAGAUGAAUUCUAUAGCACCAUGGGGCGCCUUACCCAGGAGAUGCUGGAGAAUGAUCUUCUGGAAAGCCAUGAACUCAUGCAGACUGUGUAUUCUAUGGCUCCAUUCCCUUUUCCACAGUUGGCAGAGCUGAGGGAAAAGUACACCUACAACAUUACACCAUUCCCAGCCACAAUUAAGCCCACCUCAGUUUCUGGACGACGUGGUAAGGUCAGAGACAGCGAUGAAGAGAAUGACCCAGAUGAUGAAGAUGCUAUUGCUAAUGCAGUGGGGUGUCUCGGACCUUUUAGUGGGCUCCUGGCACCUGAACUGCAGAAGUACCAAAAGCAAGUUAAAGAACCAAAUGGGGACCAGAAUCUGAGAUCCAAUAACAUUGCAGAGCUGAGUCCAGGAGCGAUCAAUUCCUGCCGAAGUGAAUACCACGCAGCUUUUAACAGUAUGAUGAUGGAACGCAUGACCACAGAUAUCAACGCGCUGAAGCAGCAAUAUUCUCGGAUUAAAAAGAAGCAGCAGCAGCAGGUUCAUCAGGUGUAUAUCAGGGCAGACAAAGGGCCAGUGACCAGCAUUCUCCCAUCUCAGGUAAACAACUCUCCAGUUAUAAACCACCUUCUUUUAGGAAAGAAGAUGAAAAUGUCAAACAGAGCUGCCAAGAAUGCUGUCAUCCACAUCCCUGGUCACACAGGAGACAAAAUAUCUCCUGUGCCCUAUGAAGACCUUAGGACCAAGCUCAAUUCUCCAUGGCGAACUCACAUCCGGGUCCACAAAAAGAACACGGCGAGGACCAAGAGUCAGCUGGGCUGUGGGGACACCGUCGGGCUGAUAGACGAGCAGAAUGAGGGCUGCAAGACUCACAGUCUGGGGGCCGUGCAGGCAUUUUCCUCCGAUUGUGCGGGGGCAGCUCAAAGGGAAGGUGGCAUCUCCGACGGCGGCCCUGGGAGGACCAUCGAAGGGCAACCUCCAGAGCCGCUCUUUGGGGAUGCUGAUGCCAGUGUGUCUGUGGUCCAGGUGAAGUUAGAAGCCUUGGAACUGAACCCAAGGGCUGCUGCUGCUGAAACUCAUCCCAAGGUGCACCUGCCCUGCCAGCAGCACCUCCCGGAGCCGCCAGAGGCACCCGGAGGAAACAAGGCCCCUGGCAAGUCUCCCCAAGGCAGCCACCCGAAAACUCCCAUCUUUAGCCCCUUUCCCAGCGUCAAGCCACUGCGGAAGUCAGCCACUGCCAGGAAUUUGGGAUUAUAUGGUCCUACAGAAAGAACCCCAACCGUGCACUUUCCUUACAUGAGCAGGAGCUUCAGCAAGUCCAGCGGUGGAAACAGUAGUACUAAGAAACGGUGACAUCUUUCAGCAACUGUGUAUCCACAUUCACCUCUUCAUGGUGGCAGAAGGGUUCCAGCCGGAUGGCUCCAAGAGAGCCUCAGCUGUCCAUUGAAAAUGAAGAGAUGGGUUCAGAGAUGAGCAACGGUCCAUAGAAAUGGGAAUUGGACAUUUUACAAUGGGUGCUAGAAUAGGGAUGUCUUGCGAUCAUCGAUACAGUGGGUUCUUAUGGCAAAAUAAAUAUUGUGGUUUUAAAGUGUGAAGUUUUCCCAGCUUUUCAUUGUGAGCUGUUUAGAAAAGACUUUGUAUCUAGGCUGUUAACCCCUCUUCCUUCCUCCUGUUCUGAGGGCCUUCAGGGUGCCUGUGACAACCCCCCACCCAACCUUCCAGUUCUCUGGGUGUUAUUAAUACUCAAGCAUGCACACACUAGCUUGUUAGAAC